GGAAUGAAUAUAUCCUUCCUUUUUAUUUGAUCAGUCCUAAACAUCGGACUGUAAUCAGAUAUAUGUAAAUCAUUAAUAGUAAGAAAACCCGUAUAUUGUUGGACUUUAUUGUGGAUUAUAUAAAUAGGGCACUUCACGAAGGAGGACUAGGCGGGUGCGACGAGGGAUCGAGGGACGCCGCCAUAUUUUCUCUUGCUAGCUAGUGCACUACGAGAUACGUGCUUUGUUUCGUGUACCCUUCAUUUUAGUACCCUUGUAUUUGUUCAUGAUGGAAGCGAUGGAUAAAAGGCCUUUUGGUUCAGAAUAUAACUAUAAAAUGUCGGAAAAUGACAUAUCCAGAUUGAUAAAAUUGCGUGCAACGAAUGACGCCAUCUUCACUGGGAAGAGAAACUCUGCCAUGCCUGCCUGGAGAGCAAUGUUAGUGGAGUUGGGUCUCGAAGGAAAGCUUACAACUGGGCAAUUGAAAAAGAAGUGGGAAAACCUUAAAAAGAAAUAUAAGGAUUUUAAGUACCCUCCUCUUGGCAUGGAGAAAGUCAAUCCAAUGUCCUGGCGUUGGUUCCACCUCAUGGACGAUGCCAUCGAGGGUCGCCUAUCUGGGUCUGCCCGUAUCCUAAACCCUUCACUGUUUGAUUUUGGGGAAGUUGGGGACGUUUCAUUCGCGUCCUCUCCCACUACCUCUCCCAUAGCAAACAAGAGACUUUGUAUGAGGCCGGAGGGGGGUGAGGGGACAAACAUUUUUGAGUUCUGGGCCAAAGCACAGUUGGGGGAGAGUGUUGGGGCUGCGAGCACGGUAGCAGAUGGACAAGUGGCGUACACAGACGCAGCUACAGAGGAGAUCCGUAGGGCUGCGGUGGAGUGUGAGAGGGCCCUGCGAGAGGAGGGCAGGGGUGGGGGUCAGAACGAGAGGGCCGCGCCUGACAAGAUGCCAGUGGGUGGAUACGGGAGGACCAUGGCUGAGGAUGUAGAGACCAUAGCUGAAGACGGAAGAGCCAUGUUGGUGAGAAAUCCUGGCAGGAACAUUGAGAGGGAGACUGCUGAACUAGAGAGACAGAUAGCAGAUUUGGAGAAGGAGAGAGAAGUGUUAGAGAGGGAGCAGGCUGAUUUUGACAGGGAGAGGUUGAUACUGGACAGAGAGAGGGAUGUGGUGAACAGAGAGAGGGUGGCUGUUGAGCGAGGCAGAGCAUCACUGGACAAGGACAGAGCGGCGAUGGAUAGGGAGCGAGCGGCGAUGGAACGGGAGCGAGCCAUACUGGACAGGGAUAGGGCGUCAAUCGAGAGAGAGAGGAUAGAGCUGCAGAAAGAAAAGGAAACCCUAAUGAAAAGCAAGAUUUCCAGGAACAACGGCUCUGCUGAUGUAGAACUGGACUCAUCUACUAUAGAGAAGAGAGAAAGACUGCUUUCCAUAUUUGAAAGACUUGUUGAUAAGCUGUGAAAAUGAAACAUCAUUCAAAAAAAGUGUCUAGGUGAAGGAUACUAUAGGUGACACAGUGCGUACAAGACAUAAAUAGGUUUCUAUGUCACCAGGCCCCUUAUCAUUGUGAUCAUUUUCAUAAAGUUAACUAGUGGUGGCUCUCAGAUCCUCCCUGCAGACACUGGGAGUGCAGUCAUUUAAUUAGUGCUGGGUGAAAUGAGCAUUGAGUGUGAGGUUUCACCUGGAAAAAGAACCCUUACGAUGUUUGUUGCGCUUGUUCUGUUUUUUUUUCUUUGUAGAUUGUUUACCAUUAAAUGUCAUCCACUAUUUAAGUAUAGGUUUACACUAUGAGAAAUGACAAGAAUUUCUGUUCCCUAAAUGCAUUUGUUAAACUGCAUUUGACCAUUAUUUAUGUUCUGUUCGAUCUGCCAGAGUACCAGUGUAAUGCUAUACUGUUAAUAAAGCCCACUUUUUUUUUUUUCGUUCCUGUAGUUGUCAUAUACUGCCAUUACUAUGUAAUUACCCUCUACCAAGCUAGUAAAUAUGCAUGAAUGCAUUCAGUUGUACAACUGACUAGGUAUCCCCCCUUUCCCCCUAUAGUCUUUUACAAUAAGCACUAUGCAACUGCCUAUAUUUACAUACCUGGUACAAUGUAAUGCUCCUCUAUGACCCUGGAAUAAUACCUAUAACAUAAUGACAUAGCCUUCCUCACUCCCACCAUGUCAAUGUUAUGAUCAUUUCAUUAUAUUUACUUUAAAAAGGUGUGCUUGAAUCU